AUGACCAGUAAGAUCGAGGAGUUGAAAGAACUAACUGAGGGAUCCAAAGGUAAAGGCAAGGAGCGAAGGUGCACAUAUAAAGGCUUUAUGGCAUGCCAUCCGACAACAUAUGACGGUAAAAUCGAUCCAAUCGAAUGUCAAAGAUGGAUCUCUAAUAUAGAGGCAGUGUUUAUACGAAGUCGGUGCGAUAAGGAAGAUCAAGUGAUGUUCGCUACCGGUCUACUAACCCAUCAGGCGAAAGAUUGGUGGGAUGCGCACAGUAAAGAAGUAGGCGAAGAUAGACUUCAAAUUAUGACUUGGCAAGAGUUUAAGGGGCCCUUCAUGAGAUAUCAUUGUCCUCAGUCGGCUAUCGAUAAGAUUCAGGAGGAUUUCUUACGCCUCCGGCAGAAAAAUGAGUCGGUAAAUGAAAUCUCAAACGCUUUCAUGGAUAAGAUGAAGUUCUGGUGGGAAUUGGUAACAACCGAAAGAAUGAAGAUAAAUCGUUUCUAUGGCGUGUUAAAGGCAGAAAUUAUGGAGUUCAUCACUCCCUCAAAAUGUGAAACCCUCGAUGAGCUCAUUAAUUUAGCACGGGAUAGGGAGAUUGAAAUUAAAAGGCAAGAAGAGCGAGGUGAAAAGAGACCAAGUGAAAAGGGUGCAAGUUCUAGUCUAUCUAAAAAAGGGAAGUUUCAAGAUCAAGGAAGGAAGGGUAAGUCGAAAGGUGGAAUUACUCCAUGCAAGACUUGUGGGAAGCUCCAUACCGGAGAGUGUUUGUUAGGCAAAAAGGGAUGCUUCAAAUGCGGUAAGGAGGGACAUUCGUCUUAUCAAUGCCCGAACAACCCGAAGACUUGUUUCAACUAUUUCGAAAGGGGGCAUAUCAAAUCGGAAUGCCCGAAGCUUCAGCAAGAGUCAAAGAAAGAAGAUAAGAAGCAAGAGGGUUCCAGGGCGAAAGGGAGAAUGUUUCAAAUCACAUCUGAAGAAGCAAAAUCCCAGCCGAAUGUGGUCUCAGGUAUCUUUCUAAUAAACUCCAUACCGGUUUAUGUUUUGUUCGAUACUGGAGCCACUAUGUCAUUUAUUUCGAGUGGAAUUGUACAACAUCCAUCAUUUAAGACUGAACGAAUGCCAAUGCCCCUAGAAGUAGAAAUAGCCGAUAGUAAGGUCUAUAUGUUACAUGAGAUUUGUAGAAAUUGCAAAUUCACCAUAGAAGAUGAGGAAUUCGAUAUUGACCUUAUACCCAUGGUUUUGGGGGAAUUUAAAAUGAUAGUGGGAAUGGAUUGGCUGGCGCGACACCAUGUAGAAAUUAAUUGUGAAAAUAAGACCAUGCUCGUCCAAGCUCCAAGUGGAAGGCAACUGAGUAUUCAAGGAGAAAGAAAUGUGGAAACCAAAUUGUGCACCCUUGUCCAAGCUUUCAAAUACGUACUUAACGGGAAUAGUGCAUACCUAGCUUAUGUAAUAGAUACCCGACAAACCCUCCCGAGGUUUGAAGACAUUGAAGUCGUGAAUGAAUUUCCGGAUGUGUUUCCGGAGGAAUUGCCGGGACUUCCUCCCGAGCGAGAAAUAGAAUUUCGUAUCGAAUUGAAUCCGGGUGCGAAGCCGGUUGCAAAGGCCCCCUAUAGGUUGGCUCCCACCGAAAUGCGCUAA